GGAAGUGGUUUUACAACAACGCCUAAAGCUCCUCUCCGUCCAAACGAGUUGUUUUACAAUAGACUGACGCCUUUGUUGAAAGAAAAGGUAAAGCUCAUUUGCAUAGAACUUUAUAUAGCAGUAGUGCCAUCCAAUGAUCGGAAUGUCCCAUUGUUUUUUCAUUGUCUUGAAAAUCUUACUGUUCUCCAUGUCAUCCAGUCAUGAUCCAGUGAUCGGAAUGUUCCAUUGUUUUUUCAUUGUCUUGAAAAUCCCACUGUUCUCCAUGUCAUCCAGUCAUGAUCCAGUGAUCAGAAUGUUCCAUUGUCUUUUCAUUGUUUUCAAAAUCUUACUGUUCUCCAUGCCAUCCAGUCACUCAUUGUUUUGACUUUAUUAAUCAUUUUGCAAAUAGAUGGCCUAUGAAGUUAAUUUGUAAUAGAUCUUGACAGACAGUCGAAUAGAACAAUAUUUGUUCUUUAUAGAAUAUUGAUGUGAGCAGCAGUAACCGGAAAGAUUGGCCAAUAGCGAUCAUGAGGAAAGUUAUGCAAGAACUUUUACAUGAAACACCGCAAGAUCUUUUAGAGAAGUAAGUACGGUGAUAUGACUCCCAUUUAGAGGGAGUCUGCUCAAUGUAAACAUACCUUAUAAUAUCUGUCUUUGAGCACCACUACAGUCAGUACUCCAAGAAUCUUACGAUUAUUUUUUCUCAGAGAGCUGUGGUGUUCAAGUACGUGUACCUCAGACUGGUGGAAAAUGAGUCAAACCUAUUCAAGAUCUGUGGCAGUCAUGUCUAUUAUUGGAUAUAUACUGGGUCUGGGAGAUAGACAUCUGGAUAAUAUGUUGAUUGAUUUCACUACAGGCGAGGUAUGGUGUACUACGAUACUUUGCAAAUAAGAUCUCGAACGGUCAGUGUAUCGGUAUAGCGACGAUAACAAGACCGUUAUGGAUUGAGAGGGAUACAGCUACCUGACAGCUCUUUGCAAACAAACUGUUGUUCCUAGAUGUAAUUAUAAUUAUUAUAUGUCCUAAUGUUUAUGUAUAUAAUAUGUAUAUUCUUGUAAUACCUAUAAGUAAUUAUGUAAUGUAAGUUUUUGGUGAGACUUAAUUAGGGACUCACGUCCUGUUGUCCUUACCAUCAGUCAUUUGAUUGUAAAGUUAAUAUAACAUUUCCCACAAGGUGAUGUGCUGCUUGACAUAGAAGAUCGAAUUUCACAAAACUAUAUAUAUUAAUUGGAAUUUUAUUUUGAGGGAGUUCUCUCCCCUUGUGGCGAAAUUUGUAAAUUAAUUUGUUGUUGUUGCUUACGAUUUUUUUAGUUUUUGUGCUGGCCUCAAUAACAUAUGAGAGCAAUGCCUCCAUCUUUAGUCUUUGCUCUGGCCAAAAGUAAAUUAUUUUCUUCGUGUAGUAGCACUGGAGGCAUUAAAGGUGGCCCUUAGUGGACCUUUAGGGAGAACUGCUUAAUUAGAACUGAUAGAGAUAGCCAAGUCUGUUUUUGGUUACUUUUUUAAGGCAAGCAUUUCAAAUCGUCCAUACAGUAAUACCUUUUUUUUUCUUGCAGAUUGUCCAUAUUGACUACAACAUUUGCUUUGAGAAGGGCAGGGGUUUACGUGUCCCAGAGAAAGUUCCCUUCAGACUGACUGCUAACUUGGAAACCGCUCUGGGGGUGACAGGAGUUGAG